CUCUCUCUCUCUCUCUCUCUCUCUCUCUCUCUAAUCAUCGUCUCCGGCCAAAUCGUCGGAUUUUUGCAAGGAUCGACUCCUAAUCGAGCGCCAUUGUCGCCUUAUAAACAGGUUUUCUCUAAGAGCCGAUUAGCAAAAGCUUGUAUUCUUGCUCAUUUCUUGGUGGAGUUGAGCAGAUCUGUUAGAGGGAGGGGGAUAAGGGAAAGAAAAUGCCUCUGUACGACUGCAUGCUUUUGUUGAAGCCCCAUGUAGAUAAGGUGGCCCUUAUUGAUUUGGUUGCUCGUGUCGGAAAGCAUGUCUAUCGAAGGAACGGUGUUCUCACAGAUGUCAAAUCUUUUGGAAAGAUUUACUUGGGUUAUGGUAUCAAGAAGCUUGAUGGUAGAUACUAUCAGGGUCUACUUAUGCAGAUGACGAUGAUGGUUACGCCCAACUUCAACAAGGAGCUGCAUUAUCUGAACAAGGAAGACCGGUUAUUGCGUUGGCUUCUGGUUAAACACCGGGGCACAAAAUAUGGGCUGGAAUUUGUUACCAAUGACGAUUGGAAGGGCGAUCUAAGUAAGCUAUCCAGGAGCAGCUUGUAUGAUACAGAAGAGGACGAGGAGGAUGACGAUGACGAUGACUAUGAUGAAGAGUACGAGGCAGAAGAUACCAAAAAGUAAGGUGACCACCUGAUGGGUUCAAAUUUCAUUUUGUUUGCUGUUCAUCCCUCUCUUCUGCAUGAUAGAAAUGUUCUAGCUAGUUAGGAUUGGAAAAAUAACAGUGAUACAGCGAGUCUUGAAAUUUAGAUGAGCCAAUGACAUGUAAAACUGGAGUUGUCUUCUUUGUGCUUCUGGGUUUUGAUUAAACCAUGUUAGUUAUUGCUAUGAUUGUGAGAUGUUGAAAUGAAAGCUUGAAACCUUGACUGGCCCA